AUGAAUUCCAAAGAUAAACGGAAAAUUAGCGAUCACGUUGAUAGUGACUGUGCAAAACGAGGAGUGUGGCUUGUGAAGGUGCCCAGAUAUUUAUCUGAAAUGUGGGAGAAGAAUAUCGGCCAUAAUGUUGGACGAUUGGUAAUCAAGGCGGCAAAUGGAAAAACUGAUUUGAUAUUUAAAAGCAAUACAAAUUUGCUUGAAAUGAAUUCAUCAGUUCACGAUAAAGCAGCCUCAUCAUCGGACUCAUUUUUGAGCUCAGCAUCACGCAGUAAUCGAAUUGGUCCCGCAAAAAAUAAAACAAACUUCACAAUACCAAAUGAACACAGUUUUGUUAUUGGCGAUGUUAGGAAUCAAUCGCUAGCUGUGCUAUGUGAAGAUAAAAGUGGUUUGAAUGAAGAUGCUGACAUAUGUUCCGGCCGCUUAAGCAUAGAAGGGCGAGUUGUAAAAAGAGCGGAUUGCAGGCCUCAUCAAACAGCUGAUUAUAUGCGAAUGAAAAUAAAACAAAUAGAGAAGAGCUGUCAGCCAAAACGACAUGUGAAACAAAUGGAAAAAGCUGAAGUGAAAUUCAAGCCUAUUUCUGUUCAUGCGGAAAUGUUAGCCAGAGAGAAGCUGAAGAAGGAAGGGGCGAAGACAGUCCGUGCUGACAAAGAUAUUGUCCGACAAGCAAUAUUCCAUGCUUUUGAAAAACAUCAGUACUAUCGAUUAAUAGAUUUGCAGAAACUUACCAAUCAGCCUCCGGGAUUUGUUAAAGAAAUAUUAACGGAAAUCGCUACGUACAACACAAUGCCACCACACAAAUCGAUGUGGGAGUUAAAACCAGAAUAUCGAAAUUAUCGUAAAGAUAAAAAAGAAACUGAAUAA